UUUUAAGAAAAAGGAAAGAGGCAUUGCCCACCAGAGCAAGCAGGAGCGAAGACUUCCAUAGCACCAGGGAAACAGACAUGGGCCAAGGUCUGAGCAUCAAAAGAUGUGAUUUCAAGAUCACAAUGAACAACAAUAACCACCACACAGAAGAAAUCAGCACUAAAAGGCUUAUGGUGAGGCGUGGGCAGCCAUUCAUUAUCACAGUGAGCUUCUCAUCUCCAGUAUACAACUACCUGCAGCAGCUGAAGAGGACCUUCCUCAUAGUACAGACAGGACCAAAUCCUUCCAAAACAGAUGGAACCCAGGUUGAAUUUCCUAUCUCCCGCCUGGGAGACCAGAAGCAGUGGAGCGCAGCUCUAGAAGAACAGGACCCAUGUUUCUGGACCAUCUCUGUGAACACGCCUGCCAAUGCUCCCAUUGGCCAGUAUGCUCUGCUUUUACAUGCCUCCAAGUCUUACUGUCUCCUGGGAAACUUCAUCCUUCUCUUUAAUCCCUGGUGCCAAGAUGAUGAAGUGUUCUUGGCUAACGAGGCACAGCGGCAGGAGUACGUUCUAAACCAAGAGGGUAUCGUUUACUGGGGGACUGAAAAUGCAGUCCUGGCACAGCCCUGGGACUUCAAUCAGUUUGAGGAGGAUAUUGUGGACAUCUGCUUCACACUGCUGGACAUAGGUGAACGCCAUCAACGGGACAAGGAUCACACUCAGCGCAAGAACCCUAUUUACAUCUGCCGCACAGUUGCUGCCAUGAUGAACUGCGAUGAGGUUAGAGGAAUCAUGACAGAAUAUGGGACCGGGAAAUACUAUGAUGGGACACCCCCUUCCAACUGGCUGGGCAGCAGCCCCAUCCUCCGGCAGUGGGUGGCACUGAAGUGCAAACCUGUCCGCUACGGGCAGUGCUGGGUGUUUGCUGCAGUCAUGUGCUCAGUUCUGAGGUGCUUGGGAAUUCCCACCAGGGUUGUCACAGGCUUCACAUGGGCUCACAACACGAACAGCAGUCUGAAUGUGGAUGAGUAUUAUGACGAAAAUGGAAUGCUGCUUACACAUGACAAGAGUGCCAGAGUCUGGACCUUCCAUGUUUGGAACGAAUGCUGGAUGGCUCGAACAGACUUGCUACCAGAGUACAGUGGAUGGCAGGCACUAGAUGCCACCUGCCAGGAAAAAAGCAAAGGCGCAUCCUUCUGUGGGCCAGCCCCUGUUCAAGCCAUCAAAGAAGGGGACACUGAAGUGGAUUAUGAUGUCUGCUAUUUCUUUGCUGCCAUAAAUGCCAAGUGCCACAUCUGGAUACACAAAACAGAUGGCAUCCUCAAGCCAGCUUGCAUUUGCACAAAGUAUACUGGCAACAACAUCAGCACCAAGAGUGUGGGCAGCGAACGCUGUGAGGAUAUCACACACAACUACAAAUAUCCUGAAGGUUCUCUUCAGGAAAAAAAAAUACUUGACAAAGUCUACAGAAGAAUAAAGACACUUGAGACAACUACCAGCACCAAAUCAGAGUUCAGCUCCAUUUCUACUGCCCUUGAAGAGCCAGUUAACCUUUUUAUCCAACUCCAGUCCAAUAGUUCUCUGCUACUGGGACAAGAUGUUCCAAUUUCUGUUGAAGUGUUUAACCCCAGCGGUGGAGAGAAGGCAACUCAUUUGGUACUUGGGGCCCAGUCUCUACAUUAUGGUGGCACAUCCAUUACCCAACUUUGGAAGAAAGAGUUUCAUUUUAUCCUCAAGAGCAAUGAAGCUAACACCCUGCAGGCCACUGUGCCUUACUCACAGUACAUAAAAGAGUUGGGAGAGAACCAUCUGCUUCGGCUGACUGCCAUGCUGAGAGACAAGGACUCCUACAUAUGCUUUGCACAGGAAGAGAUCCGCAUUUGUGAUCCCCCUCUCAUUAUUAAGUUUCCAGAACACAUGGUACAGUACCAGCCAGCCUCAGUGGAGAUUAGCCUCCUGAACCCUCUCGCUGAAACCCUGGAGAAGUGUGUGAUAGUGGUAGGAGGGCGAGGGCUCAUUUACAGGCAAAGGAAGUACAGGCUGGGUUCUGUGCAGCCUGGAAGCACUCAACAGCUGCGUAUCUCAUUCACUCCCACUGAAGCAGGGCCCAGAAGACUCACUGUGAAUCUUACCUGCCUUCAACUCCAGAACCUGAAGAGCUACAAAAGUAUCAACAUUGCAGCUGCCUGAUGCCCAGCUUAGAACAAGUCCUGCUGUCCUAUUUGAAAGAGUGGUCACAAUCUUUCCGACUGACCUUUGGCAAGCAUAGAUGUUAAAAGUUUAUUUAAAACUA